CUCAUCCUUUUCCCGAACAGAAUCAAUAUGUGAUCACCACUGACAUAAAGGACCGCUAGACUGGCUCUACGGAAGCGCGUUCUAAAUCGCACAAUGUCGUCUCGAACCGGAGAUGCAAAGGAGAUUCUUUCUCCGUACAUGUAUCCCUUGGCCCUGGAUCAGAGGGCGUACGAUCCCCUGCUUGCUGCCAUCGGUGACGCCGAAGUUGUACUCAUCGGAGAUGGCUCGCAUGGAACGUACGAGUUCUAUGCGCACCGAGCAAAUCUCACCAAGCGUCUCAUUGAAGAGAAGGGAUUCAACGCGGUGGCGGUGGAAGCAGACUGGCCAGACGCAUUCAGGAUUAACAGGUACAUCCAUGGCCUCGCGUUGCGAGACGGGAACAUCAAGUCAGCGAGGGACGCCCUCAAGGACUUUGAGAGAUUCCCAAAGUGGAUGUGGAAGAAUGAAGUCAUGCCCACAUUCGUCGAGUUCCUGAAAGAACACAACGAGCGCGUUAUGAAGGAGACGAGCGACCUCUCACAUACCGUAUCCUUCUUCGGCAUGGACCUGUACUCCCUGCACAGAUCAGCAGAGGCAGUCGUGAAAUACCUGGACAAGGUAGAUCCGAAGGCGGCUGAACGUGCAAGGAAGCAAUACAACUGCUUCGAGCGCUUCGGUGAAGACACCACGCAAUAUGCCUUAGCAGUACAGUUUGGCCUUAAUAAGACAUGCGAAUGUGAGGUUAUGGACGUGCUAGGCCAGCUGGUGAAGAAUAACAAGAAGUACAUCGAGGAUCAGCUCCCAGAGGGGCCACACCGAGCCGCACAUCCAGCAGAAGAACAAUUCAUGGCUGAGAUGAAUGCCCUAGUCGUCAAAGACGCAGAGGAGUACUACCGAUGUAUGAUGGAGCACCUCGGGCCGCAAGACGGCGACGGCAAGCGGCGCCCCGCGAAACUCGUUGUGUGGGCGCACAAUUCGCACAUCGGCGACGCGCGGCACACGGACAUGGGCUGGCGGCGCGGCGAGAUCAACGUCGGACAGCGCUGCCGCGAGGUCUUCGGCGAAGAUAACGUGUUCAAUAUUGGCUUCCUCACGAACCGCGGCACCGUGACCGCUGCAGCUAAUUGGGACGAGCUGCCGCGUUUGUAUCAGAUGAACCCGCCGUAUGAGCGCUCGAUCGAGAAAGUGUUUGACCAGGCUGCGACGGACGAUUUUUUCGUUAUCACGCACCGGAUAGUGAAGACUGGUAAGGGGCAGACCCAGAAAGUGCAAGAAUCAGAGGAGCUGUCUAAGUUCCUCAACCAACCUCGGUACCAGCGCUUCAUCGGGGUGAUCUAUCGCCCACAAACGGAGAUACCGUCGCACUAUUCGAGAUGCAGCGUGGCUGACCAGUACGAUGCCGUGGCGCACCUCAAGUAUUCAAGGGGUAUCUUACCUCUGGAGAAGGAGAACACGGAGAAGGACAUGAAGCACGGCGAGGCAGAUCUCACCUUCCCCUUCGGACAAUGA